UCAUGUUUCGCCGCAUAUGCGCGUUUCAGAAUGUUCGAAUUCGCCAGCGUGUGUGUAGUUCUAGUUGUGUGAAUAGAAAAAAUAGAAUAUAGCCUAUAUUUAUUGAUGCCUUGCUUAAAAGAACUUCCGCCAUGAACAGGUCGGGGAUCGAACCAGCAAUCCUUUAAUUAUGAGGCCGAAGCUCUAACCAGUGGGCUACAGUUCUCUUCUACUAAUCAGUGAAAAUGUGUGUCUCAAUGCUGAAUCUCGAAUUCACGUAGACGUUAGCUUAAAUUGUAGAAACAAUAGGCCUAUAGCUUUUUUUCAGCAGACAUCGCAAACAUAUCAUACACAUUCACAAAACGGAGAAUAUCUUUCUGCUCAGCAUAGCUCUCUAUCUCCCUCCCUCCGAUGUAGCUAGACCCUAUAAGAUGCUUCUCCCUAAAUGAAUAAAAAUUUUUUAGAAAGUAGCCACGGUAGCCUGUAAAAUGCGGCCUGAAAUCCUGGCUACUGUGUAAUUGAAACCAGACUGUUCAUUGUCGGCAGACUGUUCAUUUUCGGAGGCGCAAACAUAUAGGCUACCUAUUAAAUGAAUAGAAGUGCCACCCAUUCACUUUUAGAGCAUUUUAGUUGAAAGUCAAGUUUGCUUAAGGUUUGUUCAAGAACUCUUCCAGAGUUUUUACCUCAAACAACACAAAUCAACACAAAUAAAUGAACAGAUAACUCGAACGUGCUGUACGUCUUAAUGAAACAACCACAGACUAUCAACAACACGGUCUGACACGAAUGAUAGAUACAGACGGUUAGUUUGGGAACGCCCCUUGGAACGCCCCGUCACGUGAUGCGAAUUUAGCCUGUGGGGGAAAACAUUGCCUUGGCGCCCAUUGAAAUACAUGGCACAAUAAUGCCUAAAAGUUGCUGCGUUGUGUUCUGUACCGCCAACAAACAAAAAAAUUAUUAUCUGAAGUUCUACAUCCUUCCUAACAUCGAAACAGAGCCGGAAAGAAGGAUUAAAUGGCUUCAAGCCAUACGGCGAGAGGAUGAUAAAGGGAAAUUGUGGGAUCCAAAGAGUAGGCAUGUCUAUGUAUGCAGUCGGCAUUUCAUCACAGGUUUAAAAAGUGAUAGGGAAGAUCACCCGGAUUACAUACCAUCAGUGUUUCCAAAAAGAAGAACACAAUCGGCAUUGAAAUUAAAUAGACUGCAGAGACUUAUAAAUCGCUCUCGUAAAAAACUUGAACGAGAAGUGUCUCAACAAGUCUCCACACCAGAGACUCCGGAGAUGGAUACCGAUCCUGUGGCUAUAGAGAGUCAACAAACAAGUGAACACGAGUUGGAUACCGAUCCUGUGCCUAUAGAGAGUCAACAAACAAGUGAACACGAGCUGGAUCCUGUGCCUAUAGAGAGUCAACAAACAAGUGAACACGAUCCUGUGCCUAUAGAGAGUCAACAAACACCGUCGGUUCUUCCCACGGAAAAUGAACUAUUGGUUGAAUCUACCAUGCCUCCAUGUCACCAUCAUGGUGAGCUAGAGCAGCUCCAUGAGGAGAUCAUGAAUUUAAGGAGAGAGCGGGAUGAAGCCAGACAGGAAAGACUUGAUGUGGUGAUGGAGCUAGAAAGAGUGAGAUUUUCAGCAAACAGCGUCAAGGGAAAUGAUGAGAAAUGCAAAGAAAUGACAGGCCUGUCAUGGACAUUGUUUGAGACUUUGCAUCAGUUCCUCGUACAAUUUGUGCUGCGACAUCCUCGAUGCAAGCUGUCAACGCAGGAUCAGCUAUUCAUAACAUUAUUGAAAUUACGACAAAAUCCAUCAACAGACCUGAUGUGCUAUAUCCUAAAUGUAGCACGCAGCACCUUCCUUGGUAUAUUCUCCCGUUGGCUGGAUUUAAUGUAUGCCAAAAUCUCUUUUUUGAUUGCCUGGCCACACAGGGAGUGUAUCAGGAGUACAGUUCCUGCUGAGGUUCUGCUUCAUUAUCCCAGACUUACCAGUAUAGUAGACUGCUUUGAGAUACGAAUUGAACAUUCCAAGCAGCUGAAAACCAGCUGCAAGAGCAAUUACAUACUCAAGAUAUAA